CCUUCCAACUCAAACAGUUCAAUGAUUCCGUGACUCUAUGAUUAAUGUUGGAAAACACCCCAAAGAUCACCCGUCAUGCGCACUCCACCAUGCCCACUGACCACAUCCAUCAGUGCCACAUCUCCACAGUUCCUGAACACCUCCAUCCCCCACAAAGUAACCACUGACCCACUCCUGUUCAUUGACCCCAUUCAGCCCAUGCCUACAAACCCUGGGGUCUCCUCCCUCACCCAGCGCAGCUCACCUCCUGUUUGUACCUUGGGACAGCUACUAUGGGCCCACCCUGCCCAGUCGAGCUGAGACCCUGCAGGGGCUUGGAGCAACCCUAAUUUCCCCUUUGGGGGAUGCCCUUUGGUUACAGCUGGCUCCCACCCCAGGGAAAACACCUGCUGUUGGAAAGGGGUUCCCUGGGCGCCAGGUAGGACAUGAUGUCCCAUUGUGCUGCUGGUGGAGGAGAUGGUGCGGGGGCACCCGGCCCACAGUAGGGGUUUGGUCCUGCAUGGUCAUUGAGGUCCCUUCCAACCCAACCAUUCUGUGAUUGUAAGGCUGCUCCAGGAUGCCCUGGCAUCCACUUGCCUCUGGGCUGUGGGAACCAGUGGCAUCGCCUGUGCUGUUGCCAUGGGGUUGCCAUGGUAUUUGUCUCUGCUGUUGCCAUGGAGAGAGAAGGAGGUUGGGAAUGGGGGGCUGCUGCCAGGGCCACCAGCACGUCCCCAGGUCCUGCAGUGAGGAGUCAGGAGUUGGACUGACCCAGAGCUCCCCAGGUUCUCCUCCUUGCACUUCUUGAAUCUAGGACUGACAUCACCUCUCCCAAGGAACAAGCUCACCACUAGUAUAGCAGCAAACAGAUUUAUGACUGAUUUCUUGCAUCCACGUGAAUACACACAUAUUCAACACAUCACCAGCACACAGUGCUGUGGAGGAAGAGGGCCACCAAGAGGACAAGGGCCUGGAGCAGGGUGACACAGUGCAGCAUUGCCAGUACUCUUGGGGCAGAGCAUGGAGGAGCAGUGGGAGCAAGUGGGGAGCCCCCCAGCAGAUCAGUCUGUGCAGGGCACACUCAUGAGGCACCCUCUCUUUCUCGUGCACCAUCACCAGGAAUCAGGCCAGGUCCUUGCUUCCCAAGCAGUGCCCACCAAGGCUGGCAUUCCCCACGAAGACAAGCUUGUUUGUGGAGCAGGGCACGUCAGUAACAGAGAGCAAGCAGAUGGACAGGAGGACGGAGCAGAGGGGCAGGAAGGGGCCUGGCCCCACAUUGCACACCUCGUGCUGCUGUGGUGGGCUCUCCCCAUAUCCCCAAGAACCUUUCUGGGCUGAAGCAUCUCAGAGCUGCCAGGGCAAUCUGUCAGAAGACCUGAGUGAUGGUGCUGCACCUUUCCUGUCUGACAGCAGAACCCGCUGUCCCACCAGGAGUUCCACAUGCAGCCAGUUGAGGUCACAUCAAAAAAGACAGCAUAGAAGCAGACUGCAAAGCAAAUCAGCCUCUGGAAGAAGCUUGCCACAGGAGAGACAAGAAGGAACUUCAAGUCCAGCCGCCAACUCAGGGCUCCUCAGGAACUUACCCUCCACUUCCAGCAUGGAGGACCUCUCCACAACCCUGAUGGAGUCCUUGGACACCACACAAAUCUGCCUCAGCCUGCUGGCCAAAAUGGAAAAAAACAAUGACAGCGGUGCUCAAAGGACACGCGGGAGCUACAGGAGCAAAUACCCCGUCUGCAUGCAGUGCUGUCGGUGCCUGGACAACAGCUGCCCACACCACAGCACCUCCUCAGCCACUGCAGCCACGGCCAUGCUGACUGCCUUGAUCUUCUCCCUGGAUGUGAUGGUGCAGGAGGAGAAGGUAAAGCUGAAGGUUGGGUUGCUCUUUGAGCUGUCCAACAGUGGAAAGACAUUGCAUGCAUGGGGGAAAAACGUGUGGCUGCCCAAAUGUUGUGGCAGUGAGGAAUACUGCGAGGAGUGUGGAGAGCCUCUGCCCAGAAGUCCCAAAAACUGGGGGAUGCAACAAGGGGAGUCCUCCCUUCCCACCACAGCUCCCGUCUGGCCCUUGCCCCCAUGGGCACAGCCAAUUCCCCCAGAUGCCCUGGAAAGGUUGCAGAGAGCGGGGGUGGAGCCCAUGCCCCAGGUGGAGUACAGGGGCCUGGGGCACAGCAGCACAACGCAGUGCCUCCUCUGCUUCUGGUGGAAGAUGAAGAGCAAAGUGAAGAACCUGAACAAAGUGGGGGCAGCUGAGGGCAGCAGACAGAUCAGCAUCUGAUGACACUGUGGGAAGAGACCAGCUGCUGCCCACCCCUCUGCUGCUUGAUUUUGAUUUCUCAGCUACAAUGCAGGGAGCACUAGCAAUAAAGAGGACCACGGCA